UUCAUGCAACUUUUCCAGUAAAAGAAAAACGUGUGAGGACAUCUGAUGUAAAGCCUAAAACAGUUGUGUGUGUGCACUGCAAUUUGACAUUAUUAAAACACAACUUAAGAAAGCACAUCCAGAGACGACACACUGAAUGCAGGGAGACUAUAUCAUCCAAAAGGUAUUUAAGAUGCCAGUGUGUUGAUGGCAAAAAUGGAAUUUUUGCUGUUGAAAAGUCUUUCCACGGGGUAUCUACUCCAAUCCAUGUUCUGAAAAAUACCUGGGGACAAUUACAAAGGUCUGAGUGUGAAUUGGAUGAAUGCUGCAUUACCAGAGACUUCGCCCACAGGAGUGGCAUUAAGCCUUUUGAGUGUGACCACUUGCAGUCUUUAUCCUAUUGUCCACGUGUUGGUCAAAUACAGACUGAUCUUCCAGAAAAAACACUGUCUAUGAUGGUUGACCAGAAGUGGUUUGGAGAAGCAAGGAAGAAUCAGUUAAUUAAUCUGAAGAAGGAUUCUAAGGCUGAAGGAGUUCCAUUGUCAGUGUCUGUACAAAUAGGAGACCAACUAAACAAGUUGCAUGUGUCUGUGUAUGAAAAAAAACGCUCCUAUUACAGCAGACUUGGCUGAGUAAUGGUCUCCUAUGAUGUUAAGAAAAACACCUGGUAUUGCCCUUGCUCAAUGCCAAGAAAGUCUUGUAUUCACAAGGCUGUUUCAAAGUGGCAUCUCUUUCAUCAUCACAAAGCAUUGUUUAAAACGGUGAAAAGUGUGGAGGAAGUUCCUCCUGAAUCACCUGAAGGAAAGAAAGAUGAUGACAGCUAUCCACCGUCUGACUCAAACAUCAAAGAAAUGAUCCACUACAUGAUGGAACACAAAAAACUUCCUAGUGAGUUUCCCAAGACCUUACUAGAUCAUUCCAGAGAUUUAAAGUCCAACCAGUCCUUUCCAAGACAUCUAGUGCCCACAGAAUUGAAAUGUACAAAGUGCACAACACAAAGCUUAUGUGAUCCAAUACUCAUCACAAAAGAUGCCAAGAUACUGACAUUUUCUGGUGUAAUCCAAGGAUUAUGUACUUACUACAGACAGUGUCCAAACUGUGGAAUGACAUAUAGGUACCAAGAGUGGUCUGAUGGGAUACAUAAUUUCAAUGAUCACAUUCUUUUAUCAUUGCACUUGUGCAUGGUCCUACGGAACUCAAUACAGAACAAUACUGCUGUAAGUAGGGUAAUGGAAAUAUUACAUGCAACUGAAGGUGGGCCUUUCCCUAAACAUGAACUUGUUCUACAAGCUUAUUUGCACUUUGAGGCCAUGACCGAACUAGACUACAGUUACAGUUGUGUUACUUGUGGGCACUACCCCAGUGUAGUCAUAAUGGACUUGCACAAAAAGGGAGCCUUUGGCAUGCCUGUUAGUGAAAUUGACCCCCCUCCUCCAAAUUAUGAUGGCCAUGUGGAUGGUGAGAAGUUUUGGGAGGCAGUAACAGUAGAGAUGAUAAGCCGAGGUUUUUAUACAAGUGGGAUAAAGGACCCCUUUAUUGUGCAACCAAGCUACAGCUUUUGGGCUCCAUGGAUUGGUAUUCAUACUAGGUCAUCCAACGUGGUUCUCAAUACAGAAUAUGCUAAGCUUCAUGUUUCACAAGACUCAACUGAGGAUGACAUACCACUUACAGAAGAAAGGCUUACUGAUGAGCUGCUAAAUGUCAGGACUGAGGAAGUAAGGGCUCUUUGUAAGGGGUGUGGAAUAGAUCACAAAGGAUCUAAGAUGGAUUUAAUCAUCCGAAUAAAAGAGAGGAUGUCAAAUCGAGUCACCUACAACAAGGUUUUUGAAAAAGUGUGGGGUGCAUCUGGUGGCUGGGCUGUUAUAACCUGCCCGUGUGGAGUUGUCUACUCUGUGAAAUUCAACAUCAGAGCAGAGAGCCCUCGCGAUUACGCGGAUCUCCUGCUUUCAUGGAAACAUGUACCAAAUGUUACUGUGUAUGACUACCCAAGGGGUCUAGCCUCACAUGCAAACCACCGUUCAAAGAAAUUCUUUCAUCCAUUUGAAGGUCGAUUACUGCAUCCAUCGGAAGAGAAUAUCAAGAAGGCAUCUGAAAAUGACCUGGAUGUUAGUUUGCCAUGGCUUAUCCACCGAAAAGAACCAGCUGAUCAAGAUGGUCACCCUGUAACUGGUUCAUGUGACCAUUAUGUUUUAUGUGAUGUGUUCCAUCAGAACAAUAGUAAGGAUCCUAGGGAUUCCUUGAGGAAGAUUGGCCUUGUCCCGGAGCUUGCAGGAAAAGUAAACAGUCAGACAGCUGAGCAACUCUUUUCAGAUAUGAAGAAAAAGAACUACUUUCUGAAUAUGAUGAAGCCAUCGUCCCAUGUUUUCCUGGCAAGAAAUAUUUUGCACCAUAAAAAUGUAGCACGGAACAAUAAGGUUAUAAAACAGUUAAGAAAACUUGCAGAUGAAAACACAGAAUUACAGUUUGAUUGCAAUGGAAAGAUCAUUUUGGGUACAGUCAUGGCAGAGAGUCCUCAAUCUUCCAAAACUACUGAGACUGCUGGAGUAUGUAGUCGAAUUUUAGCUGCUGUCCAGCCACCUUGUGAAGAGCACACAUGUAACAGUGUGACUACAAGCCACAAGCCCUUCUGGGCAGUGGAGGACAUGCUUCCAAAUAAAGCAGUGUGGGGCAAACCAUUGCCAGAACAUCUUCAGAAAAUGGUUGCACAUGUGUUGGACCCCAACGGUGACAUGAAGGAACAAAUUGUUUCUGUGGGAUCAACCAGACUGUUGCGUUCCGAUCUGUUGUCUUUAGGACUGUCAGAAGAAGUUGAAGCAACAAUUUUGAACUUUUGCCUAAGAACUAUAAAGCACAUCGCUUUCCGAAUGGAUGUCAAUGUAUAUGUUGCAAAUUCAUAUGUGGUAGUGACCUGGCUUCCACCAAAUUAUUGUUUCCCUGAGCUGUCCCUUCCGCCUGAUGUAAGCCAGACAGACCUUGUGGUUCUGCCAGCAUGGGUACCUGGCCACUGGCUUCUCUGUAUAUUGAAACCAAAGACACGAGAAAUCUAUUUUCUCGACUCGAUUCAACAAGAAGGAUUUGGACCAUACAUUGAAACAUUCAGGAACAUUGCUAAACUCGUUGAUGGCAGAGAGUGGACAGAGAAAACUGCCAAUACAUAUGAAGGAAUCCCGAAGCAGAUGGGUGGGAACAACUGUGGGAUUUACAUACUGAUGUACACUCUGUACAUGGCUUUGGGUUUGGAAUUUGAUUUUACAGAGAAUGACAUGCCUCUGAUCAGGAAGUGGUGGUGUGCUGUUCUUCUGGACAACUUUGCUCCGCAAAUCGAUCAACCACUGAGAAGGGGAGGUUCACUUUUCAAAAGGCAAUGUCAUCAGGCAGAGUCCAGUGAAUCAGAGUGUGAAGUGACAACCAUCUAUCAGCUUUCCGUGGAAAUCCUUUCUAAAAUCCUAAUGGAAGUUAUUUUGUCAAUGGGUGACUCUGCAUACAUGACACUGUCUUUGGUAUGCAGAUGCUUUCGGGAUGUGGUCAAUCGAGACGUUUUUCGGAAAGCAGCACACUUUGCCUGGCUAGACAGUGUGGUCAACUGGCAGAGCUUCACUCCCCGCUACCGGAGAGAGUUUAGAAGGAUGUAUAGCAUCAGUGAAUGCUUGGAGUGCAGAGUCCUUUUUAAGUCGUACCCACCGGGGUAUAGGGGAAGAGGCCGACGUGGGGAACUGCAGGGCUUUUACUCUGAUGCGUGCACAGGAUUUUGCACCCAGGACUGUUUUUGUGCAGCAGGAAACACAUUGGUGUGAAGGGAAAGGAUAAUUGGUGUGAACAUCUUGUUUGGAUUUAUAUAUUGAUGUCAUUGGUGUGAAGGGAAAGGAGAAUUGGUGUGAACAUCUUGUUUGGAUUUAUAUAUUGAUGUACAAAUUAAUAGUUUAAAGUUGAACUUUGCACCGAAUUGUGUUUUUAUAAAAAAGCAUGCAUCAUAACAGGUUUCUGUCAUUUA